AUGAAAAUUUAGCUAGGAAGACCUAAAAUCUCAUAAGACUAAUUAGAGAAUAAAAUAUAUAAAGCCCCAGAUCAAAAUAAUACUUACAUACAAUAAGAUUCUGAUUGUGUUAAACUCUUUAAAUUAUUUGCUACUCAAGGUCGUUAUAAGAUAAGAAUUUUAACACAAAAUUAAUAAAUAGAGAAUUAGGAUAGAUUAGAGAUGAAAAAAUUAUAACAAUUAUUUUAAAAAAAAGAUAAUUGCCCCAGUUUCUUUUUUUUAUCAUAGAGAAAUAAGAAUUAUUCAUUUGAAAAUUAAAUCUUAGUAGAUAAGACUAGUUAUAUAAGCAUAAAUUCAUAGGUAUUUGAUCCUAAAUUUAAAAUCUUAAUAAAUAAACUGAAUAUAGUUCUCAAAGAAUUAGACGAAUAGUUCAUUUCCAUAUUACUAGAUAUAUUAUUACAAUAUACAAAUUUAUAUGAUUGGAAUUUAGAUUAAAAUUAAAUUAUAUAAUAUAUUAUUGAAGAAAUAUAAGACCCAUAAAAUGAUUUAAAAUACCAAUAUUUACUAAAAUGGAAACAGAUAAAAUAUAUAACUAAAGAAAUUCGAAUGAAUAUGUCAUUUGAAAAUCUGGAAAAUACUAAAAAAUAAAUAAAUAAAAGGACUUCUUAAAAAGUUAUAAAUAAGCUCUAAAAAUUUAUUGAAAAGCAAGAAAGACAUUUAAAUGAAGAAAAUAAGAUGAAACCUAUUGAAUAUUUGAUAUCUAAAUUAAUAAGGAUAUUUAAUAAAAUCAUGACUAGAAAUUGA